AUGACCAGCACAACCAAGAAGCCAAAGCAGUCGCUCUACUAUGAGCGCAAGAAGGUCCCGCACCGCGCGUACUUGGAGCCAUCCAUUCAAAACGUCCCGAUAUCGCCGGCGGCUGCCCACCUGCGCCCGCCACCGCCGCGCCUCCCAGCCGACCCCACGCAUUUCAUCGGUAUUGCGUCCUACCGCGACGGCUUCAAGUGCGGCUACACGCUUUGGACGGCCUUUGCGAAUGCGCGGUACCCCGACCGUGUCUUCUUUGGCGUCGUCGAUCAGACCGGACCUGGCGACCUUAUCUGCCUCGAAGAGUACUGUCGCCGCGCCAACGCGACGUGGCCCGACCACGACUGCAGGUACAAGGCCAACAUCAAGAUUGACGCGCGCGAUGCGCGGUUGUCCAAAGGUCCUGUGAUUGCGCGCUGGCAGCAGCAACAGCUCAUCGGCGACCAAGAUUUCUGCAUGGAGCUCGACGCGCACUCCAAGUUUCUCGCCGAUUGGGACGUCGAGAUCAUCAAGGACUGGGUGCGGACCGAGAACGAGAUGGCCGUCUUCUCCACGUAUCCGAUGGCCUACAGCUACAUUGCGCCAGGUGACAAGAUCGCGACGCACUACAGCUCGCACUUGGCAUCGUACCUCGAGCGCAGUCACGAGUAUGACAUUCCGGUCAUCGGCGGCUACCUCCUCAUUGACGACUCCGAGGUCCCGCAGAUGUCGGCGCUCUGGGGUGGCUGCCUCUCGUUUAGCAAGUGCCACGCCGAGAAGCGCGCGCCCAUGGACAAGUACAUGAACUGGAUCUUCUGGGGCGAAGAGUACCUCCGGUCCAUGCAGCUCUGGACGCACGGCUACGACAUGUACUCGCCGUCGCGCCACGGCCACGUCGUGUUUCACAAUUGGACCAACGACCCGCAGAAGAAGCGGUUCUGGGACAAUGUGACAACGCUGGCGGACAAGCCGCGCGAAGAAGCGAUCGCGUACAACCGGCUUCGUACGAUGCUGACGCUGCCGUUCCAAGGCGAGGUCGACACGCGCGAGCUGCACCGCUUUGGGCCGGGCCGCGUCCGGUCGAUUGCGCAGUUUCUCAACUUUUCGGGUAUUUCCAACUCGAACGCGUCGCUGGACGAGUGGCCGACGGCGCAGCGUCGAUGGGUGCCGUACUCAGUCCCGGAUGAAGUCGAGGCGCUGCUGCCGGGCUGGACGCUCCAUGCUAGCAACGUCAAGGCGAUAGAGUCGCACGCAACGUCCGAGGCUGUGGUGCUGAACGAGCUGGAGAAGCUCGCGGCCAAGCUCCACGGCGAACGGAGCGGACAAAAUGCAUCAGUUUAUGCGCUCGACGCGAAUCGUGUGAGUUACGAAGAGGCGCUUUUGCAUCCGCGCCGGGACGUGGCACAACGGCGAGAGGUCAGCCGCAACGGCAACUUCGAGUCAAUGGCGAUCCUCUGUUUCGUGAUGGCCGGGCUUUUGGCGCUGGCCGUGCUUCGCAGACGGCCACGAAGCUAUAAGUAG